ACGGAAUUGACGUUUUUUCCCCGAGCGGAAGUGAAGUGUCGCCGUCAUUGUGUGGGCUGUGCGCUGUUUAUCUUCGCUGCGAAAAUGCCGGAGUUAGCGGUAGAAAAUGUGGUUGUUCACCCUUUAGUGUUGCUCAGUGUGGUGGAUCAUUUUAACAGAAUAGGAAAAGUUGGCAAUCAGAAACGAGUGGUUGGUGUUCUCCUUGGCUCAUGGCAGAAGAAAAUCCUUGAUGUCUCAAAUAGCUUUGCUGUGCCAUUUGAUGAGGAUGACAAGGAUGACUCGGUGUGGUUCUUGGACCAUGACUACUUGGAGAACAUGUAUGGCAUGUUCAAGAAAGUUAAUGCCAGAGAAAGGAUAGUUGGGUGGUACCACACGGGGCCAAAGUUGCACAAGAAUGACAUUGCCAUCAACGAGCUCAUAAAGCAGUACUGCACAAAUUCGGUGUUAGUCAUCAUAGAUGUGAAGCCCAAAGACCUUGGUCUACCCACAGAAGCAUACAUCUCAGUGGAGGAAAUACAUGAUGAUGGGACUCCGACAUCCAAGACGUUUGAACAUGUCACCAGUGAGAUUGGAGCUGAGGAAGCUGAGGAAGUCGGAGUGGAGCACCUGCUCAGAGACAUCAAGGAUACAACAGUGGGCACUCUGUCCCAGCGUAUCACGAACCAGGUGCACGGCCUGAAGGGACUCAACUCUAAACUGCUGGACAUCCGGUCUUACCUGGAGAGAGUAGUAGCAGGCAAGCUGCCCAUCAACCACCAGAUCAUCUACCAGCUGCAGGAUGUCUUCAACCUGCUUCCAGAUGUAAACCUACUGGAGUUCACAAAAGCCUUCUACUUGAAGACCAAUGACCAGAUGCUGGUGGUCUACCUGGCCUCGCUCAUACGGUCUGUGGUGGCUCUGCACAACCUGAUCAACAACAAGAUUUCCAACCGAGACGCAGAGAGGAAGGAAGGACAGGAGAAAGAGGAGGGCAAAAAAGAGAAGAAAGAUGACAAGGAGAAGAAAGAAGAAAAAGAGAAGGAGAAAGGAGACACCACCAAGAAAGAUGAAAAGAAGAAAAAAUGAGUGUGCUUUCUUUAAGGUCUUCUCUUAAAGCAUGCCCGUCUUCAUGUGGACGUGCUCUACUUUUUGCCCAGAGUCUCAGCUCUGUAUGUGGGUCUGGAGCUAAAAGUAGGACUCUAUAUGGGGACUGGUGUCAUUUGAGAUUUGGCCUUGUGGUCACAAGUGCCACUCACAGGACUGUUAUUAUUGUACGGAAGAUGAGAUAAUGUUUGCGUCUUUUGUGUUCUUGGCUGUGAGAACAUGAUCAUUCUGUUUUCAUAGUUGGCUCCUGGUGUUUCACAGCACUUGGUAUUGCUUUUUUUUUGUAAGAACAGAAAAAAAAAUGGUUUGUUUCUAUAUCAUUCAUUAAAUUCAGGUCAUAUUAAAGAUUAUUGACUUGCA